AUGAGGGGGAGGGAAGAGGGGAGGGGUGAUCAGGAACGCACCCGCAGGCACCGAGCCUGCCCAGGCUGUCGGGGGUCUGAGGUGUCUCCCGGGGAGGGUGCACCGGGAAGCGGGCAGAGGCCCGCAGGAACUAGCGGAGGUCGGAAGGUUCUGGAGUUGAGCGAACGCUAUGGUGAAGCUCUCUGCCGCCGUGAGAGGGUCCUCGACUGGAGGGGACUCAGUCCGGGGCUAUUAAGAAAGAGCCCCAGGGCCGCCACACCACGGAGAGUCCCCGCGGGAGGGUCAAGGGGCGAGUCUUCUGCCCCACCCGGAGACACAGGGCGCGGUGCGCGCAGGGUGAGCUCCGGCCACCCGAGGCCGUGCGGACCGGCGGCGGCUGCAGCGGCGGCGACGGCGGUAGCGGCGAGAGGAGGAGGAGGAAGGUGGCGGCGACACUGUUACUCCGGAACCAAAACGCGCGGCGCCGGAACCCCGGGAGCCGACGAGCGGGACCCGCCUCCCGCGGCGCCAUGUUGGAAAAGGGCAGCAGCUCCCGGGAGGAUGCGCCCCAGGCGUGGGGAGCCGAGGAACCGCCGCGCGGCGCGUGGCGCGUGGCGAGUCGGGGAGAGACUGGUCUUGCUCGCUCAGGAGACCCUCAUCGCCCACAGAGCGCCCGCGGCGACCUGGUCAUGGACCUUUCAUUUCCUGACCUUGCUUAAUGACAGCGAGGUGAAAACAUCUGACAAACGAAGGGUAAAAGGCUGGAGUCCGCCAAAAGCCAAUUUAAGGCUUAACGUUGCAGACCGUUUGUCUUUACAAAAGCUUCAAAGACGGGGCUGCAGCUCCCGGUUAUCCCCACUUUGUCAAGCCGUGAAUCUGAAUGUUCGUGGGGUUGUGUGCAUCGAAUCAGCAAGAGCAAGGCAAGAAUUCAAUAGUUGUCUUUUUUAUCCCCCUUUCCAAGUCACAGGUUCAGAGGAUCAUCAUCUUUCUCCCACAUUAGCAAAACAUAUUUGCAUUUUUCAGUGA